AUGGAGUGCGUGAUCCGCUUUGCGCAAUCGCACGAGACCUUUCGACAGGCGGAAAUCGAAGCCCUCGCCAGCCUCGCAGGGGUCGAUGUCGAAUUUGUGCUGUACGAUAAAUAUUCACCAUUCUGCAUCGCCAAAUUCUCUGAUUUGGAGGCAGCUCGCAAAGUGAUCUCUCGCAGCGUCCUCGCCCAAGACGUCUUUGAACUCUGGGGUCGAGGUGCAACCCACGAGGAACUUCAUGCAGAUGUGCGACACAGAACAGAACAUCGUUGGAAGGACUACAGGGAUGUCUCCUUCCGUUUCUUGAUAGACACCUUUUCGGUAAAGAGGUCACAAGCCGAAAAGAGAAGCCUUAUCGAGAGUUUUGCGUAUCUUGACCUCCAGGGACCGAUCCAAUUGAAGGAUCCUGAUGAAUUGUUUGUAAUUUUGGAGGACUAUGUUUCGGACACUGAAGAAAUUCAACAGCAAGAACAGCAACAACAAGAACAAAAACCGCCCAAACAAGGCAAACGGAAAGAUUUGAAGAAUGUAUAUUUUGGCCGCUGGAUAUGCGCCAGCAGUCGCACAAUGAUGGAUAAAUACGAUCUCAAAAAACGAAAAUACAUAUCCACUACAUCUAUGGAUGCAGAACUCUCUCUCGUCACCGCAAACAUGGCCCACGCCGCCCCCGGAAAGCUUUUUUUCGACCCCUUUGUAGGAACGGGAAGUUUCCUCAUCGCAGCUGCACAUUUCGGUGCCGCAACGUUCGGCGCAGAUAUCGAUGGGCGCAGUUUCAAGGGCCGACACAAAAUCACCAAGGAGAAUCCCAUGGGACUACUGGCGAAUUUCCAACAGUAUGGAAUUGAGGAUAAGUUUGUUGAUGCGCUCAUGUCUGAUCUUACAAAUACGCCAAUACGGGAUGUGCCGUUUUUGGAUGGGAUCAUUUGUGAUCCGCCGUAUGGGAUUCGUGAGGGACUCCGUGUUCUCGGGGUGAGAGAGGGGAAGUCUAAGGAGCCGGCGUACAAGGAUGGUGUACUGGCUUAUACACAGGACGACUGGGUACCCCCUAAACGACCAUACGGUUUCGUCACCCUACAACACGACAUCCUGAACUUUGCAGCUCGAACUCUGGUUGUUGGAGGCCGGAUUGCAAUGUGGAUGCCAACUGCAAAUGAACAAAAUGUUGAAUUCAUUAUACCCACUCAUCCGAGAUUAGAGAUUGCCAGUAUAGGCGUGCAGACAUUUUCAACUUGGUCACGUCGUUUACUUACGUAUCGCAAAUUGCCGGAAGGAGAAGUGUCGUCUGUCUCUCGCAUCAAGUCAGCUACGGAUGACCCGAACGGUGUUACGGCAAAUGAAUUGAAUGAAUUUAGACGACUGUACUUCGCUACAAAAAAGCCAGCAAAAAGCCCUACAACAGAACAGAUCUGA